AUGCGCCCGAGCGUGCGGUCGUUCGAAAGGAUAGAAGAAGGAUACGGCUGGGAUCAGGCCCCUACCCUCUACGGAAAUCGCGGCUCCGUCCGUAUCCCACGAAGAAAGAGCAGCAGACAGAAGCAGCCUGGUCAUGACCGCGAGGCCGAAAUCCGAGCGAUGGCCAGCUCAAUGUCUCUUCGAAGAGCGAGGGAUACGCCAACACCGCCCAUGCGCCUCAGUAGCAAGCGGAUCAAGGCUGGUAUUGGGUUUAGCCAACAUUGGGACGGGCCUUCAACGGAAGGCUCCCUGCCCGGCACGGCAUCGAUACGCUCUGAGAUGUCUACAGAUUCGGAACACGGCGCGUACCGUCUUAAAACUUUGGAGGCAUUAGCGCCUCGCCCUAUUCUUCGCUACGAAGCCAACCCCGCUGGCGACCUUCGAACAGCUACGGCCCCUCCCGUACAACCUCCCAAAAGAAAGCGUUUGCUGAACGCCCUGUAA